AUGACAAAAAUUUGGAGACACAAAGAGUCUUUGUCAAGCGGAGAGGACAAAAAACCUCCAACCGGUCCUCGUUUCGGCAUCGAUUUUGAAGUGGGAAGAACCCUAACACUGCGGCCCGAUUAUAUAGUCAGAGGCGUCGUCGUGUUAACAAUCCUUGAAAACGAGAAUCCCUUAUGCGUCUGUGAUGUAAUGAUAAAGUUCAAAGAGAACGAUGCUGUUGUAUUUUUUGAACAUCGUUCGCGCUCAAUCACUAAACGAGAAUCACUGUUAUCAAUUGUACAAUCGUGUGUAUCUCGUCCAGCUGAAGAGACAGUUGUAGCUAAACUCAAGGACGGAACAGGUCCUGUACUCAAAGAAGUCAUCAAGGGCACGAUUUUCGAUUGUUCGGAACACAUCUGGAGUGGUGAUCAUGAAACCCCGGGAGAGCAUGGGCAAGGAGGUGAUUAUUGUCCUUGGGAAGAACUUGCUGCUGGAGUUUAUCAUUUUCCAUUCGCUGUCAAGCUUCCUCCUGUAAACUUCCCGCCUUCAAUAGAGGGCCCAAGAGGAUUUUCGAUAAGGUAUACUUGGCAACCAGUGUUAAGAGUUGCUGGAGGUACUUGCAUAGACGGCCCUGCGCUGGUCACACCAUUUGUACCCACAACAUUUGCGCCCCCUGGUGAAGACUGGGUAUAUAAAAAGACACUAUAUAAAACUAGCAAAAAGUUGACCACAAAAAAGGAACUCGUUGAUGUGGAAGCGGUCCUUCUCGGAAACGUAUUUGCUCCUGGCCAAGAACUUCAAUUCACUCUCCGUCUAACCAACCACUUCAAUGGCCGUAUCACCUUUGUUCAUUGCUCCCUUCGGAAACAUUUUGAAGGCCCGUUAGACCAAGAUUUUCCAUGUGAGAAUCAUGAACGCUCUCUCGCAUCAACAGAACGACGAUGCAACAUAUCCUCGAAAAAAACUGAAGAACUCCGAUUCUCCCUCACAAUCCCUCGAAAACAUCGUCACGUCCCUCCUACACAUACCGGUCGUCAUAUACGAGUACACUAUACAUUGCGAUGCGUAAUUCAGGCUGAAACGGGGAAAGUGCUGACAAAAAUGCAAUGCCACGAAGUCAUAAUCCCGAUUACGCUAGCUUCGUAUGCGAAUAUAACCUUGGAGAAUUGCGUGCUUCCGACUUUUCCAAGCCAUGAACGAUUACAGAUGGCGCCGUUCUUUUUUGAUCCGUUACAGGAUUUCCCACCAGACAGCCGCAUACAUUUUGGGGGCGACUAUUAUAUGCACGAGAAUAGUUUCACGUUGUCGCCAAUGAAUGGAUAUCUGUAUGAUCAUCUGAAUGCUUUGGAUGGAGAACAUGAGGAUUCAUCAAGUAGUCAUUCGCCAUAUAGUGGAAGUGGAUCGGGCAUAUAUAGCGAAUAUAGUAUAGGUGAAUGGAAUACUGAUAGUUUUACCCUGGCUUCGUCGGUAGGAAGUCGCGACAGAGUGGAACGAUCACUUUUUACAAGACAAAGACUAGAAAGGCGUAUGUGA